AUUACAAAAGCUUCUUAUUCUGCAGAGAAGAGAAUAUGACUGGCAGGAAAUAUCAGAAGAUGAUAAAGCUCAGCUUCUGCUGAAUUUACCAGCAUAUGGAUUAGAACAGUAGGAUUGAUAAGUGUGCCCUGGAGGGACUGAUGCACCUUUUGUACGUGGACUUUUACAUCCUUUUUCACUACAACAGCUCAGAGAAAAAGGUGUUCUAUGGAGGUGAGGCACUCCUAAAGGCAGAAGUCACCCACCUUCAGGUAAAGGUGACUUUUUUUUUUUCUCCCCCUGGCAUUUCCUGGCAGUAAAGGUUCCUCAUCAUUUCCUGUUUAAAAAAAAAAGAAGUGAAGUUACUCAACUUCCACAUUGAUGUCUCAUUCGAGUUUAAGCUUACUGGUGCUCUCACAGGCUGGACACGUUCUUUUCACAAAGGCAGCACGUAGUGCAGUGCAAGCAGUGCCAACACUACUGGAGUUUUCCACAGGCAGCUGUUGCACGGUGUGAGGUUCUCUUGCUGUUCACUGGUGUUUGGAGAGAAUGGGAGGUUCCUCCUCAAAAUCAAAACCAGUUGCACCAGUGCCCAUUUCCACCACUGUCACAGUACAUACCACUGUACAGACCUCUACUGCUGCCUUACCAGACUCAGAAGGCGAAUCCUUGUUUGACAACCCUGACAUAUUCUACUUAGCACUGGCCUUUAUCUCUGGCAUCCUGUCAACUCUUCUGGUGGUUGCAGUCGUCUGCCUCAUCAGGAAAAGGUAUAAGAGAUCCCAAGAAAACCUACAAGAACAAAUUCCCUCCAAGGCACAACGUGAGGAAUCUGCUGAAAACAUCCAGAAUGAGGUUUUUUAUGCCUCUGUGGUCAUCAAGCCCCAACCGAAAGCAGCACCUGUGUGACAGUGGAAUUUGACACAUGAACACCUGCACCUUGUGCAUGCUGGAUGCCAUGGGAUUGUUGCACGGAGGACGGCGGUGCUCUGCGAGGUAUCCAGGCUGCAGUACAUAACAUCAGCUGAAUUCAUAGCUAGGAGGGGAAAACAGCAUCUCCAACUCUUCAACUCUCGCCAACACUGGGGACAAAUUGCUUUUCUACACCACCUUCCCUCAUCUGGAGCAAUCCUGGUGACAGCUUGUUGCACAGUUUCCGUGUGGGUUUCCGCUUUUGCUUGGAACUGCUGAGGAGAACUGAAAAACAGAAGUGUUUCUCUGCACCUGUCCACAUCUGUGCCCUUAUUUCCCUGUUCAGUCACUGGCUGCAGCGUUUUUGAUAAGAGCGCCCAACGCUUUGAUUGAAGCACUGAAUUACAUCAUGAUGCACCGCUGCGGGGCAGCACCGAGCAGCCGCCGGAAACACCGGAGCAAAGUUUGAUCCGCGUUAUUCUAAGGUGUAACGUUCUGUGCUUUCUGUUUGUUUGUUUGUUUUUGCCUGCUGAAAGCAAUCGGUUCCAUCUACUGACAGCGGUCACGUCGCCAAGCUGUGAUGCACUCGUGCAGUGACUUCCUUUGCCAGCUGCUUUGUGAAGGGUGGGACCCUGUAACGGGGUGGGUUUGGGCAGCAGCAAGGAUUACAUCAGAUGUUGAACUAAGAUCUCUGAUCUUUGUUAAAGGAGCAGGCACUGCGUUUAUGUAGCUUACUGAGCUACAGAACAGAGUGAUGCACUUCCCUUUGUUUUUUUUUCCUAGACCACUUUUACCGUGCAAAGAUGGAGAAAAAAGAGACUUGCCUUUAAUUGCCUGUGUUCAGUUUAACUCCCUGAAACUAAGCUGUGCUAUAGCAUCUACUGCAGUUUUGGAGCUGUAGGGACACCUGCUAAAACAGAGCAGGGAUUUCAUGCAGCACAUUGACUUUGCAUAAAAUCCACUUAAUAUUUAUUAUCUUUAAUGGAAGCAUGGCAGCACUGACUGCAGCACAAGCUGACCAGACUUCAUCUGAUCGUCGAAAUGGACAGGAGAUGAUGGGUGUAAGAGGAGGCAGUGAGGACAUCCUGCACCGCAAGCAUUUAUCCUGUUUCUCAGUGCACCCAGACAAUCAUUAUGGGAGGGGGGGGGAAAAAAGGACAAAAUUAAUCUUAGCUCUUUUCUGUAUUUUGAAACGACAUGAUACAGACAUACAGACAUGUAUGUAGUGACCCAGGGGGUGGGGACAGGUCCUGGUGAAGUCUUUCAUUUGCAGAUGGAGGUCUCAUGUGAUGCUGUGACUGCCCUUGUGCUGCUGAGCGAAACGUCGGUGCAGGUGUGGUUAUGUGCAAGUAAAGAGAAAGCAAAAUGCUGACCAAAA